UUCAUUCUCCGCUGACUACGCCACUCCCGAGCGGCUGUCUGCUGAUCAGUACUGCACAACUGGAGAUCGAAGAGAAGAUCGUGGUAGAACACGGAUGCCGUGAUGACCCUCAAAGUAUCUCGGCGCGUAUCAAAGAUCCCCCCACUUCAUCGCAUUCCAGCGAACCCCAACCUCCGCGCAUGAUACGAGAGAUCACAAAUCCGCCGGCCUUCCUUACAUCUGCCUGCCGCUGUUGGUCAAAUCUGCCAGGUAAAGCCCAUGUACACCAGAAGCAAGCGAGACUCGGUGAACUGUGGAGGCAAAGCACCGGUGUUGCACUGUUUCAUCGACGAUGGAUAGCCACUACGGUGCCAAAAUGGGAUACAAGCAUGGCUUACACAUCUGUUCACGCACAUUGUCUUUGCCCAGCAGCGGAAUGAAAAAGAGAGAUGCGUAUUUGACCACCCGUGACGUAUGCACUCGAAACGUGCGGCGCAGCACGAAUGGUUCGGCUCAUCUCGAAUUACAGCAGAACAACAUCGCGCACGCCAACACUGUAUUCAACCGGGCCUUUUCCGCGAUGGACCCCGGCACCGCAAGUGAUCGGGCAUUCCUCAUUCCGGAGCUGGUUUCCUUAAUCUUCCAUAAGCUAGACGCCAUCGUUCUCUCCAGGUGCCAGCAGGUCUGCCGCACGUGGAGAAGCUCCAUACAAGGAACUCCCGGUCUACAAGAAAACUUGUUUAUGAAACCUCGCUAUCCUUCGAUCCCAGGACCGGCGAACUUUGAGCCUGUCAUCGUCAACCCUGUUAUGAGGAAAUUUUUCGCUGGGGUGUUUCCAAUGUUGCCUUGUGAGUUACCGGAUGGUAGCGUCGGCCUCCAAUCGCGAUUCUGCACAUACGAAGAUCUCGCGAAACUUCCAUGGGCACCGCAUGACUGGUCGAACCUGAAUGAUCCGUCAAGACUUGCGUUUAUGCGGACAGAGGCUUCAUGGCGCAAAAUGCUUUUGACGCAGUAUCCCAUCCAACGUAUUGACUGGUGGCACGAUUGGGCCGCCAUCGAUUUGGACACGAACCCUGCCAUGAUCGGGAAAGGUUCUGCCCAUAGAAAUGAUGCAUUCAUCACUCUGAGUAUGCUAUGGGACAUCAUCGAAGCGCGUCUCGUGCGCGGCUGUACUUUGCAGGUCUUCAUGUAUCCUCAUGGAUGUCCUUACCUAGACGACCCUGCCAUACCUGACGAAAGGAAGACAAUCACGAGAAAAGUCAUCCGCUCAAGCGGAAUGCCGCACACAAGCUAUCACAACUUCAUGCCUCGGAUCGGCUUGAAGACGAUUCAUCAAUGGACAGUCAUGCCUCUCAAAUUCCAAUACUUCGAUGUACAAGAUUCCUGCUGGAGAGUAGAAGGUCUGCCGCUCCCUACAGAACCCCAGGAAGAAGACUUCCGCGGGCCACAGACCAAUGAUGGCAAUGGCACUUACUGGUUGAAUGAGGAUUGUAAGCGCGAUCGUGAAGCCAGUAACAGCCGAUGGUCUCGUAGCGAGGCUUGCGGUGACUCAAGCAUGGUGAUUACCCUCGCUCAGGGCGGAAAUCAAGAUCGAAAUUCUCGAGUUUGGAGAAAGCAGAGGAGCGAAAGACACUGGAAUGAGUUUCUGGCCCGGCCGAGAAGAGCAUCACCGCCACCAUCCUGAUGCACGGUCUUGAAAAAAGGAAAGACAUCAGGCAAAAGUUAGACCCGGGACUUUACUGCUGAUGAGCACAACACAAUUUUCUUGCUGUAGAUCAUUUUGUGAUAAAGCCCGCAAUCAAAAGUCGAACUCGGUAAAAUGUGAGGAAACGAACAGAUCUUCAGCACAUGGCUACGGCAGCAAGCUGAAUUCGAAAAUGUCGCUUCAUAAUGGCAAGACCAUGCUUCAUUGAAGUGCAUUGUUAUGUGCAUCAUCCGUGCAUAGGAUUUCUUUGGGGCAUCGAUCCACAGCGAAUGGUGCGGCGUACAUCGCAGCUCAGAAUAGGUGAUUGCUACGCUCGGUACGCUUGGUCUGCUCGGUAGAAGGUGAUCGGUGAACACCAUCAACCUG